AUGGGCGCCUUCUUCGCGAUCUACUGGCUCUUCCGUCUCAACCUCGAUGGGAAGCAUGGCUUUUGCCGUGGCGUGGACGAUUCUUGGAGGCCUUUGACCUUCCGUGAAGGGGAAAGCGAGAAGUGUGGAGUCUUCUAUGGUGACGGCGAGAUUUGGAAGCACUUUCAAGACCUGAUGCUUGAUGCAGGUCUAUUGGUGAAGGAGGGCGGGGCCACUCGCGUUGAUCCAGAGUCAACUUUGGCGCUUUUGGUUCUCACUGCCCUGCACGACAUCAUGAAGAUCAACGCGCUGCUGCCCACGGUGCAACGGGCGGAUGCCCCGUACCGAGGCUACCUGGAAGCUGAAGUGAUUGCAGAUCAUGACCUGGCCAUCUUCUACAUCAUGGAGCAGCACACUCACAUCCUCCCAUCCCUAUGCCAACUCCCGGGUCAUUUGCAACAAGUGGUGCAGACCGUCUUGAGUGGACUGGCCUUCAACAACGGAUGGUUUGUGCAGGCAGAGGCUCCGCCAGGAGCUGUUUUCCUGGGCAUCAAGGCAGCGAUCAUGGCGCGUGAUCGUGGGGGAAGACGUGUGAGUCGCCGCGAUUUGAGCCUCUACUUCGUGCACUGGCUGACGGACCUGGCGGGCGCGGAGCCCACGCCGCUCUUCGGGUGCAACAAGCUCACGUCGCAACUGCCAAUGCCAGUCCUGAAGAGCUUUAUGAAGUCCGUGAGGUACAUUCAACAACUGGCUGAUCGCACAGAGACGGAGGUCAUGGAGAGCUAUUUGAAGGACCGCUGGAAGGAUCAUCGUCCAUCCAUGGGCACCUUGCCCGCGGGCGCACACGCGUUGGCGAAAGCACGGCUCUUGUGCAUGGCUCAGGGGAAUGCCAAGAUUGUCCUCGACGCGUUCGAAAAGCUGUCGCCAGAUGAUCAAGAGGUCCUGAGUGUGGAGAUGGCACGCACGGGUGCUGAGAAUCAAAGCUUUUCCAAGGGAUUUGUCCCAGAUUCCGUGAGGCAAGAGUUGUUGGGACCAGCCUUUUUGGUCUACUAUGGGCCUGCGUUCUUGCAGAGGAUGGGUACUGACAGCCCCGUGCGCCGCUUGGAGAUUCUGGCAGAGAUCUACCGCUGUGCGCGCAAGCUGUGGCCGGCCAGCGCCGAGCAAGCGGGGCAGUGCGUCACCGUGCGCAUCGAUGCCAUUACGAUCCAGGGGCAAUGGAGCAGUUCUGAUCCGGAACUCUUGCUUGUGAGGAUGUGCAGCAGCAAGCAGGCCUGCCUGGAACGAAGGCCAGAAGACGCAAAGAAGAACCGUGAGGACAACACCAUUUUCCUGUUCGACACCGAGCCACCGACCUUCCUCCCAGGGGCACCGGAGCUUUGUUCGCAAGAGGAGAUGAUCCGACGAAUCAGCAAAGAAAUGCUGACCAAUGGGCGGCUGAAAUUCGGGAGACCGUCCUUUAGGUCUCUGGAUCCUGGAGCCGUGCUGGUCAAGUUCACCAUGUACCAUCCACGAUUGAUCUCAAUGGAUCCGCUGACACUGGCGGUUGACUCUUCGGACAUCUUUGAAGCUGUUCAUACCACGGAGGCUUUCUCUCGAAAUGUCUUGGAGCUUUGUGCCGGAACUGGAGCUAUGGGGUUUGCUACCGGUUUCAUGGGCACCACCACAGUUAGCUCCUUGGAUUCGAAUUGGUUGGCCUCGCAACAUCUUCGACAGUGUUCAGCAAAACCGGUUUUCGAAGCAGAUCUUGGGGAUUUAGAUAGUGUAGAAAAGCUGCAUUUGGAGCUUCGACGUACCAAUCAGAGCUUUACUGCACUAGCAGGAUUUCCCUGCCAGCCCUUCAGCCUUCAGGGACAUCGUUUGCACUUUCAGGAUUGCAGGGCACAGACCUUUCACAAAUUGAUGGAUUGCUUAUUCCUCUUACAGCCACAGGCUGUUCUACUGGAAUGCGUUCCGGCCGUUCAGGAAGAUGACCUUCUCCAGCAGGAGCUCUCUCAUUUGGCCUCGAAGAUGGGUUGGCAGAUCGAUCAAACCAUCCUGCACCUUCACCAUCAAUGGCCAAUGAAGCGAUCGCGAUGGUACUGUCUCCUUCGACCAGUUGAAUGGAGUGGCUUCCCAUUGUGCCCUUGGCCUGAAAUUAUGCCUCCCCCCAAGGUCUCGGAGGUUCUUCCUUUUUUGGGGAGUUGGGAUGAAAUGGUGAUCAGUAAUCUUCAGUUGCGGGUUGACGAACUCCGAUACUACAUGGACAAGAGCUACGGCACGGACAAGCGACUGCUGGAAGGGCACGAUCAAUGCCCGGUAGUGCUUCACGCCUAUGGCAGCCAAUUUGACCCUUGUCCUUGUGGAUGCCGCUCGGCUGCGUUUAAUCUGACUACGCUCCAGCAGAAGGGACUUCGUGCCUUCUUUGUGGUGGAUGCUGACACCAAUGUUCCGCGGCUACUUCAUCCGACUGAGCUGGGGGCCCUUAUGAGCAUGCCACCACAGUUUCAAAUUCAUGCCACAGGACGGGCCGCACUAUGUUUGUUGGGCAAUGCUGCAGCACCUUUGCAAGUGCUUUGGACCUUUGCCUCGCUCCUUGCAGGUGCAGGACAGCAUAUAGAUAAAUUGGCCUUCAUCCACCCACUUGAGGUCAUUGAAAAGUAUGGCAACUUAGUCAAGGAUUCCUACCGGCUCUUGAUUCCCUCCCCUAUGUCUUGCCCGCCAACGCGUCUGGACAUCAAGGCUGAAGAUGGCUCCACGCUUUCCAUCUUUGCGGCCACGGCCACGACCAUUGGUAAUUUUUUGCAGGCAGAGCGGAUCACAUUAGACUGGGGGUAUACUCAAAUUGUACGAGCUGGUGAUUUUCUCCUCUCUUCGCAAGACGAUUUGCAUCACCUUGCUUCUCAAGCUGACCUUCAAUUGGAGAGACAGCCAAAGAGACGGCGCACAGCGUCACCUCAGGGAUUGUUGAUGAUUGGUCUUCAAUGUGGAAGCUCAACAGAUGCUCAGUUCUUCAUCUCCUGCGUACCAGCCGGUACUUUCCUGUUUGAAUGCAUGAGAGAGCAUGGCUUCAACUAUGAGAGAUUCGUGGUUGAUGACGAUGGUCGACUCUUUGGUGGAGACACCCGCCUUUGGACCUCAGGGCGCUUUACUAUCCUUGAGGAGAAUAGCUUUCCGUCAAUCUUGAUGGAUCCGGCAGGCAUGCAGAGUUCUCAUGACGUUCCUGGUCACUCAGGUCCGGGAGGAGCAACUUGCGGCUUGGGCUCGCACAUCAUUGAUCAGGUCCUGCAUGACUGGAUUCAGCAAUGUUAUGGCAGUUCACCACAACCAUGGUGCCUCAAAGCCCUUUGGAUGGACUCAGAUUUCCAAGUGACAGGCCUUCCUCAGCAAGUUGAGGACAACGUUGGAGAGGUUCUGGCACCGCUUGCUCAUCGGCACCAUUGGGCCUUGCUCUAUGGCAGAGACAGUCCCUCCGGAUGGGAAUGGUUCUAUCUGGAUGGCAUUGCGGGCUACAUGACGGCGGCUAUGACCCAUCUUGCUCAGAAAUUGGCUUCUCUCCUGCAGACGGAGUAUUCAGGCCUCAAACAUCGUCGGUUGAUCCAUCAGGAUGAUAACCAUUCAUGUGGCACAAUUCUUUUGGCUCAUGCCGCCUCCAUCUUGGGCCUGACAGGCACAUUCGAUGAUGCCCAGAUCCAGCAGCUGCAUGAAUGGCUUCUUGGACAUUUUCCCUUUAGUGCACAUUCCCCGGGUGGACCUGAAGCUUCUGGUCUCCAAGGUGAAUUGGCUCAGAUCCUUAUUAGCAAAGGUGUCCCCGCCAACAGUGCUUUUGAACGUGCAGGAGACGCCAUCACAGCAUUGGGCUCUGACAAGCUCGCAGCAGCCAUGACGGCCAAGAAUCCAUGGCAGGCUCUGAAAGGGGUCGCCAUGCAAGGCAAAAAGCAGUUCAAGUUUGUCCUUGCUUGGGAGCUUCAGGCCCACAUCGAAAAGAGAGCAAAGGAAAAGCAUGGUGCCAACCUCCCACGAGAACGCAAGAAGGAAAAGCAUGCCAUUGAGAUUCCUGCAGUUCCUGAUCCUAGCCAAUUGCAGCUUCAUCUAAAUCACUUCCGUGAUGCUGAUGGUAAUUCACUCCCUCAGAUUGCCUUCGCUGAUGUCUACAAUGAUGCCAGAGGGAUUGCGCUAUGUACCAAAGCUGAAGCCAUGCCAUUCAUCCAACAAGCCAAAUCCAUUUCAGCGCUGGCUCUUGCUUUGCUCAUAGUUGAGGAAGUUCCAACAGCAGAACGAGGGGUGGCCAAGGUUGGUGAACUUCGAUUCCCCGCCACUUACACGGCAACAGAUGACCCUGUGCUCAUCCGUGGAGCUCUACUACAGUUGGGUGACGUCUCGGUUGUUCGGGCAGGGCCUCCAGACCCUAUGGCAUCUUCAUCUUUGGCCCCCACGAUGGUCAUCAAGUUGGCCAUCUUUCGCGAUGAAUUGGCAUUGGAUUGGUCUGAUUUUGUCAACUCACCAGUCAAGCAUCUAUUGACCAUGGUGCCGGCUUUGCGGCUGUGUCGAGCUUCUCCUUGUCCUGAUGGCGCUCGCUGUGGAUUUUAUCACCCACCUGUCGAUGAAACACCUGAUCAAGUACUACAAGAAGUGUGGUCACGCAGGUUCACCCUUCUGGCAGGCUCCACUUGUGAGGCAGCUCAAGCAGAUUUGUUCACGGCCUUCCUUCGUAUCCUUGCAGAUGCGGCAACAGCCGUGCUUCGGGUCAAUCAGACUGGCAUCUACUUUGAACCAAGGGAUGAGGCCACACGCUCAGCACAUCCUGGUUAUGCAGUUGUCUGGAUUCCGCAAGGAGAUGCUGAUCGCGCUCUUCAUUUACUGAGAACCACACCGGAAGCCAUGGCACUGGUGAGACUCAAAUCUCGCUAUGGACUGCGUGUUCAAGCCAAGCAUGAGCAGACUGUUCAUGAAGCCCUGCGACCCAAUGCUGAGUUUGUUCAGGUGCGGAUCACUCAGAUCUAUCGGCUGCACCCUUUGCCACAUGGACUACAACGAGCAACUCUUGCCAAAUUCCUGAAAGAGAUCAAAUGGUGUGCACGGCCACUACAGCCCUCAAGGGGUAGCUCGGAAGGUGCUAGCUGGAAUGUUGGGGCCUCAUCGGCACCGCCAACACCUUCAGUUCAUGCCUUUGGACGGGACAUCCUCAUCACGCUUGUCAAGGAGCACAACUCUGGCCCGGCGCCCACUUGUUUGCUUGCAGCCUCUCGACGUACCCAGCGGCACAUUCAAGCGCAUGCCACUGGGGCCGUCAAGCCAGACACUGACCCCUGGCUAGCCACAGAUCCUUGGAGUGCAUAUCAUGCUAAAAUUGCUCUUCCAGCAACUAAGCCGGACACAAAGCACAUUGAUGAAGUGGCCCAGAAACUGCAAGAUUCAGUCCGCACGGAGGUCCUCAAGGAAAUCCAGAACAUGCCAGCCGCAUCUGGUUCUACCUCUUCACCGAUUGUAGACCAGCGAUUCUCCAAGCUCGAGGCUGGUCUUCAAGAAGUCCGUGCACAAGGUGAUCAGUUCCAAAAAUGGUUCACUCAGGCCAAUCAGCGAAUGACCCAACAGGAGCAGGCUUCCAAUGCUCUCAAGAGUGCAAUUGACAGCCAACAAAAGGAGCUGGGGGUCCUUAGACAAGAUGUUCAACAGACUGGCAUUCAGGCCUUCGGUGGUUGGCAAGAUUCCUGGACAGCACAGGAUGCUUCAGUUGUCCUUCACGUUUUCACUGGACCUCAUGGCUCACGCAUUGGGGAGGCCAGCCAUCCAGGUAUUUGGGCAUUCAGUGAAACUCAGUUGUCCACUUUCACUCAGCUGAUUUGCACCAAGAACUUCCGAAGGCUAGCCCGUGCAGCGGGCCGUGCUCCGACUGUCCUCCAUGGAGCCGCAGCGCCAGUUCGUCCCUCUUCCUCUUGGGCGGGGGCCUGGUGUGGUGUCUCCGUCCUCAGUGAUCCUCCAGCUCAACGACUUCAGCUUUCUUGCCCCAGUGAGGAGUACAAUUGCGGCCGAUUACAAGCUACCCGUCAUGUGCUCCCAGGACUGGUGGUGACAGUUGGCAAUGUCUACUGCUACCCACGAGGGCCGACAUGGCCAAACUCCAAGCAGCUGAACAAUCAACUUCUUCAUGUGCUCAGUGGUGAAAUUGUUUUUGGCUGCUCCGGCCCAAGGGUCAUUCUGGGUGACAUGAACUCGGACUGCAUGGAUCAAGAAGUUUUUGACAUCUGGCAACGGCUGGGAUGGCAAAACUUGCAGCAGUUUGCUCAUGAUCAUUGGGGUUGGACCAUUCAACCAACCUCUAAGCACUCAGCAGUCAGCGACCACAUAUGGAUGAGUCCGGAAUUCAUCGAGCUUGCGAGGGACAUUGGUCUUCGAGAUGUUUUUCCUGACCACGCCUCACUUCAUGUUGACAUAGAGGUCCCUGCUUUGUUGGCUUCAUGUCGUUUUUGGCAUCGCCCUUCAGCUAUUCCUUGGGACUCAGUUGAUGACACCUGGACUUCAGUACCCAGUGAGCAUCUCUUUGCCUCAGACAAUCCUACUGCCGACUAUGCAGCUUUUGGUGCAGCUCUUGAAGCUAGUCUCGAUGGCCAUAUCAUCGGACAACCGGACCGAAGACUUCAAUCCAAUCAACGUGGCCGGUGUCAACAAGUGACUCCGCAUCUUCGACCUCCAAUAGCCAGAACAUGUGCUCCAAGUAGACGUUCUGAAGUUCAACUCCGAUCAGAUCAGGUGGGCAGUGCAGUGCAGAACUGGUUUAAGCAGCUCCGGAGGUUGCAGAGCUACGCGCAUGCAGCUAAAGCCAAUCGGCAGGAUCCGACCGCCCUGACAGCUCGGCUGGAGCUCUGGAUGUCCAUUCGUAAAGCUCGGGGCUUUCGACAUGGAUUUAGUCGCUGGUGGGAGACCUAUAGUUUCAGGCACACAGGAGCUGCACCCUCAAGAGUGCCACAAGCACCACCUAAUUUUGCCAUUGCUGACAACAUGUACCACGUCUUUUUGGAGGCCUUCCGCUCUUUUGAGCAUUGGCAUCUCUCGCAGAAGCGGCGACUUUUUGCCCUCCGCUAUGACCGCACACUUCUCGCACUCCAUCAAGAUCUCAAGCCAGCCCCUCCUGAACGCAUCACUCUGUUCUGGGAUGAUCUGGAAUAUGAAAUACUUGACAUUGAUCCAUUGUCAUCACAGGUUAUGCUGGAUAAGGACAUUGCUUUGGGAACCUCCACUUGGUCCCUAGAUGGACAAGAGCUUCAUGUCUCUGGCAUUGACCAGAAUGUGUGUGAAAUAGCCCCUCCUGAAGCACGUCAAAUCGGGGCUCAGCUGAUCCAACGCCGUUUUCUCCACAAGGCAGAUCAGAUCCAUGAAUCUCUUCUUCAAUUUUGGAAAGCCCGAUGGUGUGCAUUUUCAGAUGUUCCUGCAGACAGUUGGGAGCGUGUUACCAGAUUCAUUCAGGCCUUCGUUCCGAAGCUGCGACUGACACUACCACCCAUCACAGUUGCUCAAUGGAAAGCAGGGCUUCGACGUUUUAAGCCCCAUGCAGCUAAAGGAGUUGAUGGCCUUGGUCAUGUCGACCUCCUUCACCUUCCGGAUCAUUGGCAUGGUACACUGGUGCAGUGGCUCAACCGUCUUGAAGACCAACAACUUGGCUGGCCGGAACAGAUGCUACAUGGCAUUGUGCUUUGUCUGGCCAAGGAAGCAGGCAAGCUUUGCCCGGGGCCCUUUUCAAAGCUUCAUGUACUUUGUGAAUCCUUGGGUUGGAGUCUGGCUCCUCCAUAUGUCACCACAACUUUCGGACUCACCUUUGACGUCCUUUUGGUUGACUGGUCACAACUUUCCAUGCUUCUUCUGGACGCUUGGUUGCAACAUUUAGCUCCGUCCUUGCAGCAUCGGAAAUCUAUGACAGAUCUCCAUGAUUUGGACCCCUUCCUGAUGUAUGAGCAGGGCAAGACCCUGGAGUCAGGUGACCGCGGACUGCUACAUGCCUUGCAUUCAGGGGCGUUCAUCGCCAACGACAUGAAGGCCAAAUUUGAUGUCUCCAAGUCGGGUUGUCCUCAUUGUGGAGUUCCUGAUUCGGUCACACAUUGGUUGGACUGCCCACUCAAAGCUCAACUUCGGGAAUCAAUUCCGGAUUGGCCACAGGACAUCCAUGCCUGGCCUCGCGCUUUCCAGCAACACCUCCUGUGUCCACGGAAUCCGUGGCUUUCUGAAUGGUGGCUGGCCUUGGCGGACUUGCCAGAUGACAUCAGCUCGUUUGAAUGUGUGGAAGCCUUGUCACCGCAUCAUUUGUUCACAGAUGGCUCAUGUCACAAAGGGCCCGUCAGUGCCUUCAACAUGUGUUCCUGGAGCGUUACCAGUGCUACCGCUGGCAAGGUCUUAAGCUCAGGCUGGCUCCGUGGGCUCUCUCAGACGAUCCCGCGGGCGGAGGCAACGGCGGUUCUUUCAGCGCUCCACUGGCUUAGUCGGGUUCGAGUUCAGACUUUUUUGUGGGUGGACUCCAAACACACAGUUGAUGGAGUACACCACCUUUUGGCCUCCAUGUCAGUACCAACUCAUUGGAGCAACCAAGAUGUUUGGCUUCGCAUCCGUGAUUUGCUGCAUGAUUUACAUGAUUGCAUGCCGAUUUUUCAUUGGUGGCCCUCCCACCUUACGGACUUAAGCUGUGAAGACGGCUUUCACGACUGGGUUAAGAGAUGGAACUCUGCAGUCGAUGUCCAGGCAGGAUUCACCAAUCGAACACUGCCGCAUUCGCUGGCGGAGCUUCGGAUGAAAGCAAUUGGCUAUCAUGAAAACAAGCUGAAGCGCACAGCUGUUCUCUUCAGGCAAUGGUAUCGCAAAGUGGCCUUUGCCUUUCUUCGUCCUGCGAAGCCAGGAGAAGUGAUCACCACCAUGGUGAAUGGAAAGGAAGAGACGCGGAACACCGCUCAGGAGGGCGACUUCGUGGUGCAAGCGAACACCAAGUGGAAGGAGAACUACAUUUUAUCACAUGCAAGGACCUCUGAGGCUUAUGACUUAUCCAAUCCGAUGGAGAUCCCUCCUGGUCGGCCUGAUGCUUCACAACUCACUUCUGAUGGCUUCCGUUGCUAUAGGUCGCGUACACGCAUCAAGGCGUUGAAAGCUACCGACGAACUCCUGCGCAGGCGGCGGCGGUUUGGAAGCGACACCGCUCCGUCAACGCCAAGAGGGUUCUGUUUUGAAAUAGGAAUGGCAUGGAAUGGCCUCCAACCUAAGAGCGAUGGCCGAUGGCCUCUUGAGGUUGGAAAGCCAGCACGCCACUGUGUUUCACCGUGCCUGGUUCAAGUCGGUGAUUGGUGGUGGCAGGGGCUCUUCCAACCGUUUCAAGGGAGUCAUGAUGAUCAUGCGUCCAUAAAUUGUGGAAGGGGUGGCCUGGCCUUAUGA